GACGCGCGUGCACCGCUCCCGAACACGGCAGACAGGUUCGUGGGCUCACGCCCUUCGUAAUCUUCUCUACUCCUGAGUUUUCCCACCAGAGCUCCGGUGGGAGCGUCUAUUCCAGUCACGCGCGUGCGCUGAACGCGGGGAAGAGGCAGGCGCGCGCACGAUGUUGACGGCGUCUCGGCCGUCUUUCUGCACGGGCACAGCCCACUAGAAAUUAUCGAUCUAUUCCCCAUCCCGACGUUUGGGAUAAACCGGAUCAAGUGGCCACAGAGGCAAAAUAAAAAAACAAACAAAACAAAACCCCAGAAGUAUUCCGUGCGAGGACCGGGUCCAGGACAAUGCGCUCGAGAGCUGGAUGAACGCGCCUCUUCGUUAUUCCCCGUUAUUACCACCGCGCGGAAGGAUGGGAUACUCGGACCCGACGGCCGGGCGAGAUUUGCUGGGAAAUAGAUCCCUGUGUUUUAUUUUCAUCUGCGCUUUCGGCGUGGUCACGCUCCUGCAGCAAAUCCUGUACGGCAAGAAUUACAUCCGGAGCACGCAACAGUUUACCCGCCUCAAAGGAGACGAGGUGGGCAACUGGAGCGGCCUCGUUAGUUACCCUGAUGAUGGAGGGAUGAAGCUACCUGCCAGAAUUGGGAGGAAAAGAUGCGUCCGUCAGAAUUUUCAGCACUCAGAGCGCUCCGUAGUUAUCGUGCCCUGCCUAGCUGAUAUUAAGAAGAAAGAAAAAGAAAAGAGAAGGUAUCUGGAGAGUUCUAACGGACCCCUCCUGUAUAACACCACCACCUGCAGAGAACUGCGCCAAGAAAUCACAGACAUCAAAGUGCUGUCCAUGGUGAAGACAUCAGAGUUGUUUGAACGAUGGAGAAAUCUGCAGGCUUGUUCAUGGGCGCAGAACAAAGAAGAGACCAGCAACUUCAAGAUGUCCCUGUCACGGUGCUGUAAUGCUCCUUCCUUCUUGUUUACGACGCAGAGGAACACACCAUCUGGCACAAAACUGCGUUACGAAGUUGACACCAGUGGCAUCUUGCACAUCAGCCCCGAGAUAUUUAAAAUGUUUCCGGAGGACAUGCCUUACUCUAAAUCACAGUUUAAGAAGUGCGCCGUGAUUGGAAAUGGAGGAAUCAUUAAAAACAGCAAGUGUGGGAAAGAGAUCGACUCCGCCGACUUUGUCUUCCGAUGUAACAUUCCUCCUAUUUCUGAGAAGUAUGCAGCAGAUGUGGGAACUAAGACUGAUCUGGUGACCAUCAACCCAAGCAUCAUCACAGAGCGGUUCCAGAAACUGGAGAAGUGGCGGCGGCCGUUCUAUGAAGUCCUGGCAAGCUACGAGAAUGCAUCUGUGGUGCUGCCUGCGUUUUAUAACGCACGCAAUACUGACGUGUCCUUUCGUGUCAAGUAUGCGCUGGAUGACUUCAGUGGCAGCGCUGCACGCGGUGUUUUCUUCUUCCACCCACAGUACCUCCUGGGUGCACAACGCUUCUGGGCGGCACAGGGUGUCCAUGCCAAACGCUUAAGCAGUGGCCUCAUGCUGGUCACAGCGGCACUCGAACUAUGCCAAGAGGUGCACCUCUACGGCUUCUGGGCAUUCCCCAUGAACCCAGCAGGCAUAUUCGUUACGCACCACUACUACGACAAUGUCAAACCACGCCCGGGGUUCCAUGCCAUGCCGCACGAGAUCUUCAAUUUCCUGCACAUGCAUGCACGUGGAAUCCUACACGUGCAUACGGGGAUGUGCAGGUGAUGGCAUUCGCCACCGAAGCUGCCGUUCGGUCAGCAGUUUAUUUUUCAAACGAGGCGCUUCCAGUUGAAAGCCAAUGGUGUGAAACUCAAAUUAAGCUUCUGAGUGUGUUUGCAUGUGAAAGACAGUAUGCUAAUGUGGUUUCCACUGAGAUGACUUCUGAUCUGGUUUAGUGAAUUCAAGCCAGGGGUCAGAUUUAGUGUCUGAAACACAAUAUCGCUCUCUUUAAGGGCGACCAUUUUGUUUCACGCUAUGUUUUUAAUAUUGAUAACAUAUCAUCUUGUCUGUGCCGUCGCUACAUGGUCCUUGUUUUGUGCAAGGUAUUUUGUGCAGUUGUGUUUUUUUUUUUUUUUUUUUUGUUUUUUUUUUGUGAAACAUCAAAAUGGUGGUUUUCUGUGAACGGACCGUGAAACCUCAAUAAGCCUACAUAUGACUCAUGCACACCAUAGAUCUAUUUAUCACUUAAAUAUAAAUGACUUAUUAUAAUAAUCAUCUAAGUGCUAUUCUUUUCAUCAAAUGUUGUUGCAGCUCUAAAGUCUGGUUGUAAUAAAGUUUAUGGUCUCAAACAAAGCAAACAGAUUCGCAUAAGGACGGGACAGAACAUUACUUAUCUAGACAAACCAAACAAACAAAUACACAAAAAACCAGGCUGAAAAGCGCUGCAUUCGAAGUGUCAUUGAAAAUAAUGGGGUACGUCAACAUAACAUGGGAAUAUAAAGUGGGAAUAUAAUCUCACUUUGCAGUUCUUGUUUUAAAUAGUUUAUGAGUAUUUUUAAACAUUUAUUUAAAACUGUUGUGCAGAAUUUAUGAAGCCUUUACAGCGUUCAUUUUUAUGACCCGUCCUCAGUUACGGAGGAUUUGUCAUACGAAACUGUUUGGACUCUGUUUGUUAUGAGACUGUUUGGACCACCGUAAGCCUCAUAGUGAACCGAGGCUUUCGGAAACAGAUAUUUCUAUCAGUAUAAUGAUUUGUAUACAAGGAACAAGUGUUUUGUCAGUAUUCUUUUGAGCUUGCUCAUACAUGAGAACAGAGGGGACUCGUAGGAAAGACUUUUUUAUAUAUAUAAUAAAGAGAAAGCAGACAACAGAAGACAAAGUGUGGUGUAACACACAAAUGAUGUAUUGAAAUAUCAUACUGGAGAUAUGGACGACACAGAGAAGACACAGACUUUACUAUAUAACUAAGGCUUAUAAAUGACGGUCAUCAGCUUCUCUUUGUCGUUUAGGGAAAAAUUUUAACUUUGGGAGCAUUUGUGAAUUUCUGUCUUUCUUUUUUUUGUUCUUGGUGCCUUUAUGUGUCACGCCAUAUUCCCUCGUUGAUGCCAUCAUUCUGAAUGGCAUUCUUUUGGUUCAUCUUGUACAUUUAAAAAUCUUUAAAAAUAUUGAAUUCACAUCAUUCAAAACGUCUGGGUUACGCAUGUAACCCUGUUCCCUGAGAAGGUACCGGUAUGUGAAGUCUGUGUAAAAUCACGCCUAUUUAUAGGCUGGCCGUGCUCAGGGGAUGUGGCGUGUUGCGUGAGUAUAAAAGGUGCCUGUAAAGCAUGUCAUCAGCUUCUCUUUGUCUGACGCGAAGAAGCAAUUUACAAGCAUAUGCCAGUAUGACAAAGCUACGCAACAUCUCGUUCCCUUCUCAGGGAACAGGGUUACAUGCGUAACCCAGACAUUCCCUUUCAAAGGGAACUCAACGUUGCGGGAACUUCACGCUGUGGGAACGAGUAUACCCACUCCAUCAUACUGAGGGUAUGGCCUGUCCAAAAAGGUCUGUGCCUGAGGGUCACUGCAAGAUACUCGAACCUGGGGUAGAAUUCAUGUCCAAACUGUAAUACCGAAUGAAUGUGUGUGGCAUAGACCACCCCGACACAGCAUACACAUCCUGAAAGGGUACCCCUUUGGAUAAAGCCUUUCAGGAGGUGACCACCUUAGUGGAAUGAGCCCUUAUGCCCAGGGGUGUAGCGAGGCCGCACGCCUCAAAAGCGAUAGAGAUUGCUGCCACUAUCCAAUUAGAGAUGCACUGCUUUGAUACAGCAUCAUCUCUACUCUCACUGCCAAAGCAGACUGCUCCAACUUACACCACUGGUCAGAGCGGUGGACUUAAGUACAAAGAGGAAUGUCCAAGGGAGUGUCAUCCAGCAGGGAUAUCAUCUCUGAGAACCAUAUUCGAGCUGGCCAAUAAGGUGCUACUAGCAGUAGACGUAGACGGUCUUGGCGAACUCUUGCUAAAACUUGUGGGAGCAGAGCAAUCCGGGGACACUCAUGUGUAUGCCAUGGUGUCCAGCCCUAAAGGUGUGGGAGGAGUGAAGGCAAACCACAGCGGGCAGUGUGUUGUCUCCUUGGAGGCGAACACAUCCACUUCCGCUUGUCCGAACCUCCGCCAUAUGGACUCCACCACUUGUAGAUGGAGCCUCCAAUUCCCAGGCCCCAGCCCCUGCCUCGACAGGAUGUCUGCCGCACAUUGCACUCACUGAAAAAACUUUCCCUUCCCCCAGAGAAGAAUUAGUUGUGUCUGCCUGAACAGAGGGCGUGAACGUUGAUAUAUCAUACCACCGCUGUAUUGUCUGUCAUAACUAACACAUGGUGACCUCUCAACUGAGCAAGAAAGAAUUUCAGUGCUAGGAAUACGGCUCACAUUUCUAGGUGAUUUAUAUGCCACUCUAGACGAAGGACUGUCCAGAGACUGUGAGUUGGACGGCCGUCUAAGACCGUGCCCCAGCCCAUGAGAGAGGUAUCUGUCAUUACUGUCUUGCGAUAAGGAGAUGCCCCUAGAGUGUGACCUGAGGCUAGAAACCGGGGACACCUCCAAGUUCUCAGAGCACUUGGGUAUCGCCGCAUGACACUGAUUACUCUCAGGGGUUUCGUCCUCAUUUUCUGACUGUUUUCCCACUGUUUUCAGUACAUUGGAUAUGCUCUAAUUUUAUAAAAGUUAUAUUUGACAGCAGAAUGAUCAACAACAGUGACAAGGUUCCAUCCACCCAGUCGGAAACAUAAAAACACUUUAUCUUGCUCAAAGUUGAUAGGAUUGAUCCUAGGUGUGUUGGGGAUAGACAUGUCCUCAUCGUAGUUGAAUCCCAUAAAACCCCUAGAAAAGUCGUCCUCCGAAAUGGAGAAAGCAUUAAGGUUCAACCUGAGCCCGAAGCUCCUUAUGUGACCAAGAACAACAUCUCGAUGUUGAAUUGCCAGCUCCCUGGACCUCACUAGAAUUAACCAGUAGUCCAGGUAGUUUAGUACACAGAUGCCCUGGAACUGCACUGGAGCCAGAGUGGCAUCCAUGCACUUUGUGACGGUGCGAGGGGAUAAAGCUAGACCGAAGGGAAGAACCUAGUAUUGAUACACGUUGCCUUCAAAUGCUAACCUCAGGAACUUCCUGUGACUGGGCAAUAUUUCUAUAAGGAAAUAUGCGUCUUUUAGGUCUAUCGUCACAAACCAAUCCUUAAACUGAAUCUGUGUAACGAUAAGUUUGAGCGUCAACCUCUUGAACCUGUAUGUCUGAAGAGUACGGUUCAGAUGACGCAGAUGUAAAAUUGGCCGUAUACUCUCGUCUUUUUUGCAGACCAGGAAAUAACGGCUGUAAAAACCUCUCCCUCAGAGAAAGAAAAUGGCAUUAGCCGUGUUGCCGAACGGGCUGGAAGUUUCAACAGGAGCAUCCAGAGACAAAUCUGUGGUCCGGCGAAGCUCCGCCACCGCUUCGGGCCCAAUUCCCUCCCCACUGUUGAGCUCAUUCAAUAGGUCUGCUUUGUAGGUCUUCAACACUGCCAUUGUGGCUCCGCUGAAGACAUGGUUUACAGGCAUCGACACGUGAAAUGCCACGUCACCUGCCCACAGCAGUCCUGUAAAUAGACUUCAGAUACCGGUCACGCACGAAGGCGCUUCCCACAACAUGAAGCUCACGCAAUGUUGCGUUCCCUUUGAAAGGGAACUGGCACCGUUUGACAAAUGUUUAAUUUAAGAGUCUCCGUGUGUGAGAUGGGUUUACUUGUAUAUGGUCCAUCUUAUAUUGAUCUUUUCAGGAAGGUGUGAACCUUUUUGGAGAGCAACAGCAACAUUCUGUGAGUUUCUGCUCACUCACUAUUGGAAAAUAUGUACACCGUGUUGCGGAACAAACAUAAUUGAUUCAUUAUGCUCACAUAGAGGUGGUGUCAGGUUCCAACGCAAUGGUGAAUAAUUGAUCACAUUCUGAGGUUGAUCAGUGUUAAUCUGACUGACAUUGUUUGAUUUCUCCAUGGAAGUCCCUUUCCAGUGCCAGACAGAAACACAGUGUCUUACCAAAGCAUGUUCUACAUAUUCUUAACGCCAUACUGGAAUCACAACUCGUUCACUUAAGAAUUUGAGGAAUCAAAUAAAAUGACAAAAGGGACAUAUGAAGAAAGCUUUCAAACAUGGUUUUACUGUACUAUGUGCAAUAAUCACUGUCUUUAUCAAAUGUGUAAAUAAAUUCAUUUGGAAUUACUGA